AUGGAGCAGGGACAACGUUUGAACUCUUCUGAUGUUUGGGCGACGGGAGGGAUGCGAGAAGUGACACAGGUUUCGGGUGUCGCAGGUGGAGUGAUGGGGAUCGACGGAAUGGAGGCGGGGUUAGAGCUGGACGUGUUCCAUCGGCCGGACGUGCUCGUCAUCAUACUGUACGUAGUGGUCCUCGUCGCUUCACUCGGCGCCAACACGCUGCUAAUUUUUAUCGUCAUCAAGUUUCAAUACAUGCGGAGGUCAGUCACUCGAUAA